AUGACGACAAAACUACCAUCUCCACGCCAGGUCCUAACUUCGCUCAUAACAUCCAUCUCAUUAAUUCCACCACCAACAGACACCCAACUACCCCAACGCCAACCAACCACCGCCCAAACCCAGCAGCAAAACAUCCUCUCCCAGCUCGACCCGGCCCACCGCCCGCUCCUCACGGCCCUGCAUGCCCUCUUCCCCGCUCUUCUCCUGCCGGCGCUGGACCUGCUGGACCGCGGGCUGGUCAGCCGCAUAGAACUGGUUGACGACCGCGACAAACCAGCAAAAAGCCCAGGACCAGCAGCACAGAAACCCACCACCGGCACCGAACUCCAGCAAGAUCAACCACCGCCCACGCCCAGCCCCGCAGCAGCAGCGGCGGCGAGCAUCUACCACGUCCGCUCGGCACAACCACAACCCCGCCACCACCGCAGCCGCACAGCCGAGCAGCAACGGCAGACGCAAAAGACGUACGUCGUGCACCUGGCCGCGUGGAACUGCACGUGUGCGGCGUUUGCGUUUUCCGCAUUCCCUGGUGAUGGUGGUGGUGGCGGCGGCGGAGCUGUGGAUUCGGCAUCGUCGUCAUCCACGGCCACCGAGUCGCCGCUGCCACCACCAUCGACGACGCAGCCGCGGGAGCUCGACUUUGGCGGCCUGAGCCUGGACGGCACGCGCGGCCGCGAGGCGCAGGGCGUGCCGUGCUGCAAGCACCUGCUGGCGUGUCUGCUGGCUGACAGGUGGGACGGGGUGCUGGGGAGGUAUGUGGUCGUCAGGAGGGUUGGGAGGGAGGAGAUGGCGGGGGUGCUGGCUGAGGGUUGA